AAGGGUUGCUUCAUUUGGUGCACAGCUUUGUUUUGGUCGCGAGAGAGAGGCUGCAGCAGACAUCUUGCGUGGGCUGACCUGUAUUUUGGCUUAUUGUGACAUGACAGUUCAUCAUCCCGUGCCAUAACCAACUCCAGAUGUAUGACAAGAUGUCGGUGUUACAGCAGGUGCUGACUGAUGCCCGCAAGUUGGCCACCAGGCUGCGUGAUCAUGACUCCUCGGCAGACUCCCUCCUCUCGCAGGCGCAGGGCAUGUACAAACAUGUGGAGAGCAUGAAGGAGUACUGCGAGGAGAUGAAUGAGCUCAAUGAGGCAGCCAACAACAGACCUCGCAGUGCCCUCAUCCACUCCAUCCAACAGGAGAACAAACACAUACGGCAGCUCCAGCAGGAAAACAAAGAGCUGCGUUUGGCACUAGAAGAGCACCAGAAUGUCAUGGAACUGAUCAUGUCCAAGUACCGACAGCAGGUGGCCCAGCUGGUGACUGUCAACUCACAGCCCUCACAGCCCAGCACUCAGGAGCAGGCCAAGCUUUCAGCCCACAUUGAGCGAGUGAGCGAGAUGGUGGCGGUGAUGAGAAAGGCUGCUGCCCUUGGGGAUGAUGAGAGCAACCAGCAGCAGAGACUCAUCACUGCACUGGCCACAGAGAACAAGGGAUUAAGAGAAAUGUUGAACAUAGCUAGUCGUUCAGGCUCCCUGCAGCUGCGCACCAACGCUGUUGAUGCUGGCACCCAGACUGGACAGGAUUCACCCAAGUUAGAAGAAGGUGCCUCACAAGAUGUGCAGGAAGAGGAGUCAGCAUCUAUAGAUACUCACAAAUCUUCAGUCUCAUGAUAAAACUUAACAGAACUAAACUGAAACUUUUGCCUUCCUCUCUUCUGUUUUCAAAGUUCAGAAGAAAUAGAAAUUUUGUCUUUACUUAGGCAAGCAAAGUGCCAAGAACAUAUGAGUGUCUGUCUGCAAUAUAUAUAUAUAUAUAUAUAUAUAUAUAUAUAUAUAUAUAUAUAUAUAUAUAUAUAUAUAUAUAUAUAUAUAUAUAUAUAUAUAUAUAUAUAUAUAUAUAGUGAUUGAGUCUUAUCUGCCAAGGAUUAUGUGAAGCUUGCAAGUGAAGAUGGUGUGAGGUUAUGAAGAAAGCAAGUGUGAAUGCAUCUAAUUGUGUGCAGAAGUUGAGCAUCCUUUGUGUUGAUGGCAGUGUUACAGGGUCUGGCUUGCCUAGUAGUGGAAUGUCACUGAUUUUGUUUGAAAAAAUUAGUACCUUCGCUAGUUAGCUUUCUUACGAACAGUCAUAAGUUAUUUUUAAUUUUAGAUGAGUAAAUAAGCAUUGAGGCCAUCAGUAAUUUGCAAAAUAUAUAAUUUCCUGAAAUGUAUUGCCCUGACUGGACCAGUGCUUUGGAGUACUUGUGAGUCACAUGACUAUGACAGAUCAUGUGGCCUUGACUUACAACCAUCUCUCUCUCUCUCUCUCUCUCUCUCUCUCUCUCUCUCUCUCUCUCUCUCUCUCUCUCUCUCUCUCUCUCUCUCUCUCUCUCUCUCUCUCUCUCUCUCUCUCUCUCUCUCUCUCUCUCUCUCUCUCUCACCAUCACAGAUUUUUUAUUAUUUGAAGGAGCUCUAGUAGUAUUUGUAAUGAAAAAUGUAAAAAAAUGUAUAAUACUGAAGCUCCUUCCUUCCCUAUAAUCAUUAAAAUCUUUAUAUUAGAGAAGAUUGAUUUAUUUAAGACAAAAUAAGAAUUUAUUAUAAUACACUACAUUUUUUUUUAUUUUAGUAAAUUGUGAUUUAUUUCUUACAAUGAAAUCUUUGUAAUUUCAUGUGGUUGAAUGUAGAGGCAUAUGUAAUAUUCCAUCAAUAUCAAAUGAUAGCUCUCUCUCUCUCUCUCUCUCUCUCUCUCUCUCUCUCUCUCUCUCUCUCUCUCUCUCUCUCUCUCUCUCUCUCUCUCUCUCUCUCUCUCUCUCUCUCUCUCUCUCUCUCUCUCUCUCUCUCUCUCUCUCUCUCUCUCUCUCUCUCUUAUUGAUCAUUCAGAUGCAGCAACUCAUAUUUAUUCCCAUUAGCAUUAUAUUACACAAUGUUGUGCUGCUAGAUGCUGUAGGAGACUGAAGUAAACCAUCUACUAGUUACGUUUCUGUGGUCAUAGUAAAUGUCAAGAUGCGGUAUACAGCACCACCUUAGGUACUGGAGUUUUUCCAUCAUGACUUUAUUUCCUCCCACAUAAUGAAUUGAUGGAAGCAUAAUAAAAGUUUUAAAGCAUUUCUUGGUAAUGAGGUAUUUUAUUUGGAGUGAUGGAUUUUUCUGUCAAAACAUUCAUUAAACUGUAAAUGAUGGAUGAUGCAAGUUUGUUCCAAUAGUGAAAUUGGUGAAUAUAAAAAGGAAGAAUUUUCAGUGUUAUGUUGUGUAGUAGUGAUGUAGUACAAGCAACGUACAGUUUUAUUUAGUAUUUACUUUUAUUCAUAGGACCAGUCCACUAUUACUGAUAAUACAUCUUUUAAGUGUCUACAUGCAAACCUAGUCCUGGAGAUUGCACCACUAUUUCUUUGAAAACAGAGAAUGGAUAACCUGCCACACAUUCCUACUUCAUCUAUGUUUGUUUCCUUUUGUGUGUGUGUGUGUGUGUGUGUGUGUGUGCACAUGUAUACAGGCCACUGCUAAUGCGCAUCACUUAUGCAGAACUAGUCCAGUGCCCUUGUCAUCUUGAAAGUCUCAGUUUCUUCUUCACAGAUCUGUAAACUCUGUACAGAUAGUAAGAUUUUCAAAGAAAAGGGCAUUUUAAAUGUUAAAUGGAUCUGAAUCUUGAGUCACUAAAGAUGUAUAAAGGGAGUUGUGCCAUCAUUUUGGCUCUGUCUGUGUUAAAGAUAUACAUACCUUAGCCCUAAGAGUUGUUACUAGCAGAUUUUUGCAUCAUAAUAUUAAGCCAUGUAUAGUGUACCAUUUAGAAAGAUGCAUACAACAUGAGAUCACUCUCAUAGUCAGACAGGAUCAUGCAGUCACCCUGCUGCACCCUGAUCUGUGCCCCUCAGUAAUGUUUGCAGCACCAGUGGGGUGAUGUACAGUAUAGUUCAAUCCAUAAGCAAUUAAACUUAGGUGCACACUUCAUUUGAUGAACUAUAGGAAAGGUUCCAUUGGUGCAGCAUCAGUUUUGAGGUCUUGCAUGAAGUGAGAAUGAGUGUUUGGUUAUGAUGUAAGGGAUUCUUAUCAUUACUUUCUAUUGUGAAUGUGGAGUGACUGCUUAUUUUGCUGCUGAAAAUUAACUUAAAGGUGACCGUUUACAAUUUCUACAUAAAGUGAUGUGUUAAUGCACUUUAUUGUGGAAAUUUACAUAUGAAUAUAUAGUAUAGUUCACAAAUGGGAAUGGAACCUAUAUCAUUGGGCCUCUUUUUUUGUGGCUGCUAUAAACCAUGGUGUGUGUGUGUGUGUGUGUGUGUGUGUGUGUGUGUGUGUGUGUGUGUGUGUGUGUGUGUGUGUGUGUGUGUGUGUGUGUGCCAUCCCUCCCUGCCCCCAUCUCUUCAUGCCCAUUCUCAGGCUCUGUAUUGACACGUAAACCAUGACCCUGAAUUUAUUGUGAUUAUAUCCCGUUGGAAUGAGCUACAUUAUGCAUAAUAAUGCAUGACAUUAGCCCUCAGUGACAGUUGAUUUUUGUGUUCAGUAACUACAAACCCUGUUUUCAGCUGAUGGCAAAAUGUACCUACCAGUCAGGCCUUGUCUUUUGAUGAGUAUCUGAUUUUCUUAGGAAUUGGUUGUUUAUGAGUUAGUUCACAGCAGAUAUUUAGCAUGAUAUAACUUGCCAACCAAGACAUAUAAUUGUCUGGCUAGCUCAAGGCAGUAGCAGAUGUGCCCAACCUGCAACUUCAUCACAUGUUCCAAUAAACAUCCAUAUUUGGUG